AUGUCCGAAAAGAAGAAGCCGCUGCUGGGUUUCGUGGGCAAACUCCCCAGUGGGACUGCGCUUGGGAACUCAGGCAAGACUCACUGCCCUUGGUGCAUGGGGCUUUUCAAAGCCCCCAGGCUCUUGCCUUGUUUGCACACAGUUUGUACCACGUGUCUGGAGCAGCUGGAACCCUUCUCAGUAGUGGCCAUCAGAGGGGGAGACGCUGACACAAGCUCUGAGGGGCCAAUAUUCCAGGAGCUCAAGCCUCCCAGUCUGCAGCUGCAGAUCAGCAUCCUCUGUCCCGAAUGUGAUGCUCAGGUGGACCUGCCCAUGGGUGGAGUGAAGGCUUUAACCAUAGACCCCCUGGCCAUGAAUGAUGUGAUGCUGGAGACUCUUCAAGGGGAAGGCCAGGGCCUGGUGUGUGACCUGUGCAGCAACAGAGAAGUGGAGAAGAGAUGUCAGACCUGCAAAGCCAAUCUCUGUCACUUCUGCUGCCAGGCGCAUAGGCGGCAGAAGAAGACAACUUACCAUACGAUGGUGGACCUAAAAGACUUAAAAGGCUGCAGCAGGAUCGGGAAGCCCGUUUUGUGUCCUGCGCACCCUGCAGAGGACCUGAGGCUGUUCUGUGAGCUCUGCGACCGGCCCGUGUGCCAGGACUGCGUGGUGGGGGAGCACUGGGAGCACCCCUGUGACUUCACGAGCAAUAUUAUCCACAAGCAUGGGGACUCAGUGCGGGAGCUCCUCAGAGGCACCCAGCCCCACGUGGAGGCGCUGGAGGAAGUCCUCGCACAGGUCAAAGGGAUGAACAGUGCCCUCCAGGAGCAGGUGGGGGCUGUGGCCGCCGACGUGCGAACAUUCUCUGAGGGCUACAUCAAGGCCAUUGAGCACCGGGACAAGCUGCUGAAGCAGCUGGCAGACAUACGGGUCCAGAAGGAAAACUCCCUACAGCUGCAGAAGGCCCAGCUAGAGCAGCUGCUAGCUGACAUGCGGACUGGUGUGGAGUUCACAGAGCACCUGCUGACCAGUGGCUCAGACUUGGAGAUCCUCAUCACCAAGGGGUUGGUAGUAGAACGGCUCACAAAGCUGAACAAAGUCGAAUAUAGUAUCCAUCCUGGAGUAAACGAUAAGAUAUGCUUCUCUCCUCAGCAGAAAGCAGGCCGGUGCCGUGGCUAUGAAGUUUAUGGGGCCAUCAGUACCAAAGAGGUCGAUCCAGCCAAAUGUGUCCUUCAAGGAGAAGAUCUCCACCGGGCCCGGGAGAAACAGACAGCCUCUUUCACCCUGCUGUGUAAGGAUGCGGCAGGAGAGAGCAUGGGCCGGGGAGGAGACAGCGUGCAAGUCACGGUCAUCUCUAAAGAUAAGAAAGACAGUCCGGUCAGAGCGCUGGUGCAAGCUAACAAGGAUGGGACAUACCACGUCUCCUACACCCCCAAGGAGCCCGGUGUCUAUACUGUGUUGGUCUGCGUCAAAGAGCAGCAUGUGCAGGGCUCACCAUUCACCGUGACCGUGAGGAAGAGGCAUCGGCCACACCCGGGCGUGUUUCAGGGCUGCACGUUCUGCUCCAGCGGAGGCCAGAAGACUGCUCACUGUGGGGGCACCAUGCCAGGGGGGUACCUACGCUGCGGCCACGGACACAAAGGCCACCCGGGUCGCCCGCGCUGCUCAUGCUGUGGGAAGUUUGCCGAGAAGUCAGAAUGCACGUGGACAGGUGGGCAGAACGCACCAAGGAGUCUACUCAGGACCGUGGCACUCUGAUGCCUUCCUGGGUACGUGCCCAGCCCGUUAGCUGCAGCCAGUACAACUUCCAAUUACCAGAGGACCCCAGACCUUGAUUAAUUCAGAAGAAACGGAUAGAAUUAAAAACAAAGUGCCUUAUCUUAUACUCUCAAUUUCCAGUCCUUUCUUGUGAGUCACUCACUGAUGGUAUGUACGGACGGUUGAGCACCAGAGACCACGUUUCUCUUCAUGAUGGUUGGCAAGGUUCAUUCUACACUGAGGCUCCCUUCUCUUGGGCAGGAACAGAGCGAUCUACGCUGUUGGAACU